AUGAUGGAAAAAGAAAUAAUUCAGGUAAUUACAAAACUACCGGGGAAAAAUCCUGUUAGACUAUUAUUAUUAUUAUUAUUAUUAUUAUUAUUAUUAUUAUUAUUAUUAUUAUUAUUAUUAUUAUUAUUAUUAUUAUUAUUAUUAUUAUUAUUAUUAUUAUUAUUAUUAUUAUUAUUAUUAUUAUUAUUAUUAUUAUUGUUAUUAUUAUUAUUAUUAUUAUUAUUAUUAUUAUUAUUAUUAUUAUUAUUAUUAUUAUUAUUAUUGUUAUAUGGCAUUAGAUUAUUGGAGACAUCGGCGCUGACCGACCGUGCGCUUAAUGAUGGCCACCGGAUAACGAGAAAGAGGCCAUGGGACAUCACACUAUUAUGUGAUGAGCUAUGUCUAUGGAUCAUAGGUGUGUAUGUGUUCGGUUCUUAG